GAGGGUCCGGCAGCGCCCGGUGCCGGCGUCGCGGAGCAGGUACGAGGUACAGCGUCGCGGGGCCGCGGGGCUUCCUCGGACUGCCCCAGAGGGACCGUGCACGGCUCUCGGCUCUCGUACGGGAAAGGUUCGCGACGCUUGGGGGGCUGAGGCCGGGCAGCCCCUCCCGCGGUGCCCGCGCCGACCUCCGCUCCCGCACGGAGCGGCACGCGGUGCUUGGCCGCUCUGCCGCCUUUGAUGUCUCCAAUUCUGCCCCUCUGAGUCGUGUCACCCGUGGGCGUUUCCCUCCGCGGAGACGCAGAGUGGCAUGACGCAAGGCAUUUAUUUGUGUUUAUGUUUUGUUUUGCCGUCACGAUGCGUGCCUGAGAGAUGAGAGUGCCACCUGAGGCGAUGCUGACACGGGCACGGAGCUAAAUAUAGGCCGCUCGGGAAAGGGCAGGUGCUGCAGGAGGAAAGGGUGUUUAGCAAGUGCCAGGGCCUGUAAGCCGGCAGCAAUACAGCUCCCCGAAAGAUAGGCUGGUCAACAGGAACAUAAUGCAUCAGGGCCUGACUGCGGGUAGGGGAUAGAGCUUAAAAGCAGGGUCUAGAGAUCACUGGCUUGACGUCCCCGAGGAUGCACACCACGCAGCCGGGAAGAGAAUCUCUUCUAGGUGACUUCUAGGACUGGAUAGCAGAGCAUCCCGCUGCACGUUCUUCCUGCAGCUCUGCUUACCUCUCCCAUCACAGCUCCCCUCCAGGAGCCUCUGCAGCACAUGCCCUCAGGACACCAGAGAACUUCUCUGAGCUACUUUACCUUCUGAAAGAGCAACUGCGUCCCUUUUGUCUCUGUGUUUGUUACAACCAUUUCCCACUGGGGCUAUAAACAUGCUGGUACACUUUAAUCUCAUCAGAAUUAAGUAUAUGCCUGGAGAAGAUAUUAUAUAACAGCAGCACAAUAAACAAUGAUUGCAGCAGCACUAUGCAAUGCCAGUGAGUCCUUAAAAUUACAGCAUAGUCAAUGCAGAUCAAACAGAUGAGAUGAGAAGGGAAGAUUGCCGUUUGCUAAUACAAAGAACACAGCUUCCACAUUGUUUCCACAUCAUUUCAAUAUUUGUUUUGCUCGUGUUUCCUUUUCAAAAUUAGGACAUUUUCAGACACCUUUUUCUUUUCCCCUUUGUAAGACAACUAGGCCAAGUAAUUUGAAAAGUUUUGGUUUUGACUUUUGUAAAAAGAGCUUGAAAAACUAAAGUGAAACGUAAAUUUGUACUGGAAUGCAGCUUUCAAUCUGAAAAUGUUACAAGAGUACUAUGCAAAAAAUUCAGUGUUGUUUUCAAAAACCAAAGCUUUUCUUAAGAACUGUUUUUGAGGAACUGGCAUGUCUUCUUCCAAUAAAAUUAAAAAAAAAGAAAAAACAAAAAGAACUGCUGAAAACCAUCCCUAUGUGCUUUUCCUGUAUCCAUUGCAGCAGAUUGCUCCGGAUUAACUUCUCCCGUUACUGCUUUUGUGCUUCCUCUCAUACUGGUUUUAUGCUUAUGGCAGCCUAGGAACACUAGCUUCUUCCUUUUUCUUGAUCCAAGUUGCUUGUUGUUUGUGAGUAUUUUAAUCUAAAAGUUUGAAAAGCGCCCUUAGUUGCUGUUGGUUUAGGCUCAAUAUGCUGAAUAAAAAUUAAAAUAUUCAUACUUAAAUUCUCAUGUCAAGUAGUUUUAUUUUACACUGUGAGCUUACAGAUACAGCACCUUAUCACAAGUAUUGCUAGUGCUAACCUUAUUAUUAAAAGCUGAAAUUGCAAGAGACUUGUUUUUGUGUGGAUUUAUGAUCCAGGGGGGAUAUGUGCUGUAUAGAAAUCCACCCACAGCUCUUUCCUUCGUGUCUGAGGUCUUCUCUGAAUGCACAGGGUGGAAGCAACUUUUGUAGUACAAAGCUUCUACUUCCAUUCACAGUGUACAAAAUGAAGUUCAGCUAAAAGUUAAGGCUUUAAGCUUACACAGAUGACUAAUUUAGAGGUUCAUUAAGUGCUUAUAAUGUUAAUUCUUGGUAGGUCAAAGCCAGAAACAAGACAGAUGGGUGGAAGACAUUAACAUAGGAAGAAGUAGCCGCCCUAUUGCUUAAACAGAUCAUCUCAGCUAUCUUGCCUGCAGAUCUUCUGUGUCUUGUUAUUCCUGCAGCCAAGUAACGGUUUGUGUGGGGAGGAAUGGGCUCGCUUCUUGAAAGUUCAGGGUUUUUGUGUUACAACAGCCUUACACACAUUUUCUGCUAGUGCUGGCCACAUGCAACUAUGAGGUAUAAGGGCCCUCAGAACGACUUAUAUGGAACAGAGAAGAAAUCAGUAAAGCAGCCAUUUACUCUUUUUUUUUCUUUUUUUUCCUGAGGUCAUAUCAGUCCUUCUCUGCUUUUAGAUAUCACUGAUAUCACUAAACAUGUUCACCUUAAUGAGAUGUCACCAUCUUUCCAUAGCAUGAGAUAGGCACCAGCAAAAGAGGCAUCCAAAGAGUGAAGCACAGGGCAGAUUUGAAUUGAGUGUGUGGUGAUUUCUGCCAGAAGUAGUUCUGCCACAUGCAGAAUCUUAUUCAAAAUCACUGAAAGAACAGCAAAGCUCAGGACAACCAGGUUUGGAAGCAGGCAAUGAAACCUUCAAUGCCCAUACUUAAACAGGAGGGGAGAGAAGACAUACUGCCUUAUUGCACUAAGACGCCCCAGCAAGUUGCAUGCCUGAAACUCCAUUAUGGAUUUUGGCAUCUGAAUGCUUCCACAGGAUAAAAUGAGGAAUGAAACUAUUGGCUUAGAGGCAGCAAAGGAAAUCUGUUACAGGUUUGUCUCAGACCAAUGACACAGGACACCUGAGUCACCUCUUAAGGACAAAACCUGCGUGUAUCUAAUACAACACAAUGGAGUUUACAUGAAUUAUCCCUUCUAAAGUAUGGAUUUAUAAAUACAUGCCUGAAGUCUUUGGUGGUUGAUAAGUACGGUGAAGAAAUAUGGGAAAAAUUAAGACUCCAGGCUGGAGUUCAGGAUAGUUUCUUGACUUUUGGAGUUUACAAAGAUGAGAUCACAAUGCAACUUGUUGACAAAGCCUGCAAAAUAUUAGGUGUUCCUGCUGAUAUGGUUCUGAGAGAAUUUGGAGAGUAUUUCUUUGAAUUUUGUAAACGUUCAGGUUAUGACCACAUGCUGAGAACGCUGGGUGGAAAUUUGUAUGAGUUCAUAGAGAACCUGGAUGCAUUACACAGCUACCUGUCCCUGUCUUACCAGGAGAUGAAUGCACCAUCUUUCAGAGUAGAAAAGAAUGAAGACGGGUCAAUGCAUUUACAUUACUAUUCAGAUAGAAGAGGUCUGUACCAUAUUGUGCCAGGAAUCAUCGGUGCAGCAGCCCUGGAUUUUUUUAACAUUGAGAUUUCAAUGGAAAUAGUCAAUCAAACGGAAGAAGAAGAAAGAACUGGGAAAAAAGAGCAUAUUGUUUUUCUUGUCACUCAAAACCCUGUACUUCCAUAUAAAGAAAGAAAUAAAUUUUCUUUCUCACCUCAGUAUCUUGCUGACUCUGAAAAACAAAAUGAUACUCGACUGAACAGUAAGGAUCUUGAGAAAUCAGAGAAUACUAUUAGAGGAGGGUCGGUUUGUCCUGUCAAGAAAAGUCACUGGAAAACUAUAAGAGGAAUAAUCACAUUAGGAAAAGGUAAACUCCUGAGAGGGUUUGACCCUGUUUAUCCCAAGACUCUCUGGAUUGACACAAAAACAUUUUGCAAUGGGCUUCCUUUUCAUAUGGUUUUUGACAAAGAGCUCAGAGUGAAGCAAGCUGGGGUGAGCAUUCAAAAGAUCGUACCUGGCCUUCAGACCAUGGGCAUCUGUCUGGAUCACUAUUUCAGUAUCGUUCACCCAGAAGUACCCUUCACCAUCUAUAGCAUUCAGAAAUUUAUCAACAGCCAAUUCGUUUUCCAGACCAAGAGAGAAAUGAUGCCAGAGUCAUGGAAACAGCGGCCAAUGCUAGAGCUGAGAGGCCAGAUGAUCUGGAUGGAGUCUCUGCAGUGCAUGCUCUAUCUCUGCUCACCUUUACUUCGCACUUUACAUGAGCUGGAGGAGCGACAGAUGCAUAUUGCAGACAUUGCACCUCAUGACGUGACCAGGGAUUUGAUUCUUCUCAAUCAGCAGCGACUGGCAGAGAUGGAGCUCUCUAACCAGCUGGAGAGGAAGAAGGAAGAACUGCGGGUACUGUCAAAGCACCUGGAAGAAGAGAAGAAAAAGACUGAAGCUCUGCUCUACGCCAUGCUUCCUCAACAUGUAGCAAACCAGCUGAAAGAGGGGAAGCGAGUUGAGGCAGGAGAAUUCAAGGAAUGCACCAUAUUGUUCAGUGAUGUUGUGACCUUUACCAACAUUUGUGCCCAAUGUGAGCCUAUUCAGAUAGUUCUCAUGUUAAAUUCAAUGUACCUGCAGUUUGACAGACUGACCACUGUGCAUGAUGUAUACAAGGUGGAGACGAUUGGAGAUGCCUAUAUGGUAGUAGGUGGAGUCCCUGUGCCUGUAUCCACUCAUGCUGAGCGCGUUGCUAACUUUGCCUUGGGGAUUAUAAUAGCAGCUAAAGGAGUACAGAACCCAGUUUCUGGAAAUCCAAUCCAAAUUAGAGUUGGGAUCCAUACAGGUCCUGUCUUGGCUGGAGUUGUUGGAGAAAAGAUGCCUCGUUAUUGCCUGUUUGGAGACACAGUGAAUAUAGCUUCCCGCAUGGAGAGUCAUGGUGUCCCAAGUAAAAUUCAUCUGAGCUCCAGUGCCUAUCACUGUCUAAAAUACAAAAAUUUUGAGAUGACAGAAAGAGGAGAAAUAGAAGUGAAAGGCAAAGGAAAGAUGCAUACAUACUUCCUCAUUAGAAAUAAAACUGCAUGUGAGAAUGAGAUUAUGGGAAGGCCAAUAAAAGACUUAGAUUCUGGCCGUGAAUCUGCUCAGUCCUUUCAAGAAGACAGGGCUGAGGCAGUGCCAAGUUCUCAUCAGACAGCUACUCAUAAUCAGCCAGAGAAGGACCAGACCACAACCAUUGCAAUGAAGUAUCUUGAUGUUCCCACAGAUGCACAAAACAGCCUCAAAAGAAGCAAUCAAGCAAAAAUUGCAGAUUUAACAGGCAAAAAUUACAAUUCAAAAAGCUAUGGGAGUCUCCCUGGCAACCAGCAUUCAGAUGAUGCUCCUCAUCCUCUGAACAGGGGAAGAGUCAAACCAGAUACUGAAGAGCCACAAAUCAGAAACGUUCGCUCCAAUUUUUGCAAUUUGCUCUAAGUUUCUGACUUUUUACAUUAAUCAGAGCAUUUUUAUUAUUAUUUAGUGCAUUUUCCUGUUUUGGGACCAAUUUUCUAUAUGAGAUUCUACAUCAUUUUCUUAAAAAACAAAAAAGACAGAAAAGACAUUUCAUCACAAUUUUCAGCAAAAAGAAUGGAAAGCGAUGUUUUUUUUAACCAAUCUGCACACGUCAGAUGAUACGUGGAGAAUGAAACCACCACAAGAUAAGUUGAAGAUGCAUUUUUCGGCUUCUCCCAUUUCUUUGAAUAUCUCUACAUAAAAAUGACUGUUUGGUAUCUCAUGCAGCAGUAGGGAAAGAGGUGAGUCAUGCAAUUAGAAACGUUCAUACUCAAGCAAGCAAGCAGUACAAGAAACGUUCCCUGAAGGGACCAUCUGUCUUCAGCACAGCCAACAACCUCCUUGUGUAAGGUCAGCAGAAUUUGGUCUGUUCUAUCUAUUUAACUAUGAUGACAAUUAAUCUCUAGUGAGUCGUUUGCUGAGGAAAAGCAUUCUGCAAUAAAAGUGCAGAAUAGAUUUCUAUAUAAUACAGCUUAUAUUUUUGCCAUCCUGAGGAGACAGUACUGCCUACUUUGUAGCACGUAACAAUAAAAAACAUAAAACAGUCUA